UAUAAGGUUACAAGAAAAAAUAAAUACUAGUUAAAGACAGCUUUGUUGUCUUUUCAGCUGAAUGUUAUAUACAUAGUCAGACCUGUGUGGCUUUUUAUUAUUCCCCUUGUCACAACAACAUUUGAAUUUGUGCUUGAAAAGUUUGGCUUGUGGGGCUGGACCUUGAAACGGAUGAUCAUGAAGUUGGAGGUACCAGAAAGUUUUGAAGAUGUUGCUGUUGAGUUUUCAGGAGAGGAGUGGGCGAUGCUGAAUAAACAGCAGAAAGAGCUGCACAGAGAGGUGAUGGUGCAGAACUAUGAGAACAUGAUCUCCUUAGGAUAUAACAUCCCAGUGGCGCAUCUUUGUUUACUUAUUAUAAACAAUGAGAUGAAUACUGAAACAGAUGCAACAGUGCAGCAAAAGCAGCUUCCCAGUAACUGUAUUGGCACUGACAGGAAUGCAGAUUUCACUGAGACUCAAAGUCGGCAGUUAUUUUAUGGAAAGUACUGUUAUUCUGUGUGGGACAAACCUUUGUCAAAUGCAGAGUCAUUCGCAAGACUUAACCCGAUGCAGAUUAGAAGGGAAUACCGUAACUGGGUAGAAAGUAACAAACAGAUUAUCAGGAAAAGUGAACUAGAAAUGAAUCCUGAAAUUAACAAACUGGAAAGGCCUUGUAAAUGGUUUAAUCACAGCAACAGUAUUUCGCUUCGCAGUAGCAACUUGCCUGGUUCAGCUACUCGCAGAAGGAAAAGACAAACAAAUAGAGAAAAGCUACAUAAAAGUGCCAUGCUUGAUGCAGGGCUUACGUGUAAAAGAAAUCUAGCAAAGCAUCCGAUCAUUUAUCCUGGGCAGAAAAUGUUUAAAUGCACUACAAGUGACAAACAUUUUCCACAAAAGUCUAUCAUGGAAAAGCAUCAUUUGAUCAACACAGGACAAAGGCUAUAUAAAUACCCCAUGUUUACUAGGACUUUUGCACGUAAGAGACAUCUAGUAGUGCAUAAGAGAAUCCACACUGGACAAUCACUCUUUAACUGUAGUACACUUGGCAAAAGUUUUAGACAGGAUAACACGAAAAAAUAUAAUUUAGUACAGAGUGAGCAUAAACCAUUUAAAUGUGCUAAAUGUAGCAAGGGUUUUGCACGUAAGGGAGGUAUGAUAAAACAUCUGUAUAUCCAUGCUGAGCAGAAACCCUAUAAAUGUACCACAUGUGACAGAGGUUUUACAGAUAAAAGAUGUUUGGCAGCCCAUCAAAGUGUCCACACUGGACAGAAACCCUAUCAGUGUGCUACUUGUGGCAAGGGCUUUUCACAUAAAAGAAGUCUCGCAAUGCACCAGAGUCUUCACACUGGACACAAGCCCUAUCAGUGCCCCAUGUGUGACAAGAGUUUUGCUGAAAAGAAGAGCUUGACAGUGCAUCAGGAAAUCCACACCGGUCAGAAACCCUAUAAAUGUGGCAUGUGUGAAAAGAGCUUUAGACAAAAAAAUGCUAUGAUGCGCCAUCAGACCAUCCAUACAGGGCAACAGCAGUACAGGUGUAUAACAUGUGGCAAGGGUUUUACAGAUAAAAGAUGUCUGACUGCACAUCAGAGUAUCCAUACUGGACAGAAACCAUUUCAGUGUAACAUGUGUGACAAGGGCUUCACAUAUGUUAGGUGCUUAGAGGCACACCAGAGCAUCCAUACUGGACAAAAACCUUAUCAAUGUGACACAUGUGACAAAGGUUUUACACGUAAGAGAAGCCUGGCAAUGCAUCAGACUAUCCACACUGGACAGAAACCCUUCCAGUGUUCCUUGUGCAACAAGAGUUUCACAGACAAGAAAGGGUUAGCAGUGCAUCAAGUUAUUCAUACCGGGCAGAAACCAUAUAAAUGUGCUUUGUGCGAACAGAGUUUCACACAGAAGGGUAACUUAAUAAGUCACCAGUACAUCCACACUGGGCAGAAACCCUACAAAUGUACCAUGUGUGAAAAGAGUUUCAGACAGAAGAGCACAAUGGUAAGUCAUCAGCGUGUGCAUACUGGGUAUAAACCAUACAAAUGUGGCAUAUGUGACAAGGGUUUUACAGAUAAAAGAUGUUUGGCAGCCCACCAGAGCAUCCAUACUGGACAGAAACCAUAUCAGUGUGCCAUGUGUGACAAGGGUUUUAUGGAUAAGAGAAGCCUGGCAGGACACCAGAGCAUCCACACUGGACGCAAACCUUAUCAGUGUGCCAAAUGUGAUAAAGGAUUUACACGUAAGAGAAAUUUGGCAUUACAUCAGAGUGUCCACACCGAAGUGGAGGAUCCAGAUGGAGUGACAAAAUCAGAUUGAAAGGCUGAGUAACAUGCCAGAAACAGAAUUUAUCCUAAGGACUUGGUGGUAUUAUCAUGUGGGUGACCUUGUUUACAAAAUCACACACAUAUUCCUGUUACUAUGUUACAGAAAAAUAUAAAAAUCAAAAAUAUUUUCCAAUGCUGAAUGCUCCCCUGCAUCAGUGAUGAACAGGAGAGACUGUUGUGUCCCUGUGUGAGGCUGUACGUGAAUGAGAGAAACGUAAGUAACACGUACCAUACAAAACCACAGCGUUAAAAUGAAUUCUAAAAGGUCAUAGUCUGCACAGCUCAAGGGCUGCAUGUGUUUCAGUGCUGCUUGCAUCCACAUGCAUUUUCUUCUUGAUGCCGAAUAAAAAAAAAGCAUGUUUCUUCUAGUGUUUAAUUUCACAGUGCUUGUCUUGCUGAAAACUGUUUAUUUUGCUGAAUGAAUGUGCCCAUUGUUUGUACAUGCUGUACACAAAUAUUUUAGGAUAAGUGUGGAAAAAUCAAGAAGCAUUGAUUCAGAGCCAAGGACAGUUUACUAAUACAGUUUCGAACAAGUACCUAUGCUAAGGCAACCUUCUGGACCUUUAUCUGUAACCUGACAGCUUUAACAGUUUAUAGUAAGAAUGACCAUGUAUACAAAACAUGAGGUUAUGAUUGCACAUGUCAUACUGCAGUGGAAAGGUAUGCAUUUAUUGGUAAGUUGGUAAUAACACUACAUGCACGUCAUUUACAAGAAUCUGUUAAAUAUGUACAACUUAUCUGAAUAGAAAACUGCACUCAGUGCAGUUGUGCCAAUAAUGCCUGUGAAAGCCGUUUGUUCAGCUUUAGACAACAUGUAAUAAAGUACAAAGUAUACAGACA